CCACGCGUGUGCACGUGUCGGUUGCUGCCGCGACUUCCUCGACCGUGCGCACGUAGCUUUACUUCGCAAUCAUGAAAUUAUUACUGACCCAGAUAAUUUUUUCAGGCCAAAAGAAUUUGUGUUAAUUGAUAAUGUUUAGUGACUUAUAACUAUUGCAAUUUUGAGAUUUUUUCGAAGAAUAGUUUUUGUGAUGUGAUUUGAAAUUUUACUAAAACUUUAAAGUUCUUCAUUUCUACUGGCUUAUGAGUUUUCACACAAAGCUGUUUUAAGCGAUGGAAUCUUAUCAUCACCAUCGUCACAUGGAGCAGAGUAACCUGCAAGGUCAAACUCAAAGUUCUCAGUGGGGCUAUGGGACAUGGGGUCCACCGGCCCCUGCGCCGGCGCCACCUCCUCCGACCUCACGCAGUAAGCGGGCACACUCUGAAAGCGAAGACGAUGCUUUCUCCGAAGAAAGCAGUAAGGAUGCGCAGUCACCCGGGGGAGACUCUUGUCAAUUAAUGACAAGAAAAAGGCGACGCGGCGUGAUAGAGAAGAAACGCAGAGAUCGAAUCAACACGUCUCUUACCGAGCUGAAGAGGCUAGUGCCGGCCGCGUGCGAGAAGCAGGGCAGCGCCAAGCUAGAGAAGGCGGAGAUCUUACAGCUGACCGUGGACCAUCUCAAGAUGUUGCACGCUAAAGGUCUGGACACAUUUGCCUACGACCCUCAGCGAUACGCGAUGGACUACCACAGCAUCGGCUUUCGAGAAUGUGCAGCCGAGGUCGCGAGAUACCUCGUUAGUUGUGAAGGCCUCGACAUCCAGGAUCCUCUGCGUCUUCGUCUCAUGAGCCACCUCCAGUGCUUUGCCGCGCAACGUGAGCUGGCAGCCAAGUCCACGAACUGGGGCUACCCUCAAUACCCCACACCUGUAGCUCCUCAACCCCAGCAUCCGACCGGUUACACGGAGCUGGGACACAGACAAGACUUACCUAUAACAACUGCUUCGACCACCGUGACCGCUCCAGCGAUUGCUGCACCUUUGUCCGCAGCUCCAAGCUAUCCACACUACCCUCCCGGACCUCCGGCACCACCAGCCCCACCCGGCCCUCAUCCGGCGCCACCAGCCCCGCAUUACCCUACUCCGUACCCUCAUCCACCACCCCACCACCAGUAUUCACAAAACAGUUCCAAGCCCUACAGACCGUGGGGCGCGGAGUUAGCUUAUUAAUUGUGUAUUUAACAUGGAGCUUGCGCUAAGUGUUUGUAGUACAAUUAAGCGUGUGUCAUCUGUUUUUAUAAACUAACUAGAUCGAUAUGAGACAUUUUACCAAAAAAACAGAUUUCGUCGAAUAUUAAACAGUUUCUUUGCCAGAACACUGUUGUUCAGUGUGCUCAGUGCGAGUUUUUUAACGUUCCCGAUAGCGUAAAAGUUAGCUCAUAUUUGUAUGGAAUGGGAACGUUUGCCUACGUUUGCCGUUAGGGGCGCUGUUCCAACUGCAUACAAAAUUGGGUUAACUUUUACGCUAUCGAGAACGUUAAAAAACUCGCACUAAACACACUGGUCUCAUAGAUGUUCAGCGGAGAAUAGCGGUUCCUACCAGUGUAGUUACCACUCAAGCACUGGUAACAAACAGUUGGUUUAUUGAAAUACGUGACAGGCAAAUGUUGAGGGAUCUCAUACCUAAAGUCAAAAUUAUAUCAAGAAAAUCUUUAACGAAAUGUAUAGAAUAUAGUUUUAUAUACAAAUGAAAAUAUUUUAUAAGAUUGUGUGAUAUUAAAAUUAAAGAUAUUUACAUAAAUAAUAUGUGUUUGACAGAAACGUGAAGGUCAAAAUGUCGAAGAGAAAACUUAAAUAAAUACGGAACAAAAUAGUUUUAGGGCCAUAGGACAUUUUGAUGUGUUUUUGCAAAUAUUUGGGGACCAAAACGAAGCUUUAACUAUGUGUUUGUUGAAUGUGAGAUUUGCUUUGACGAUUUUAUGUCAAAGGGACGUCGCGGUCUUUUGACGGACUUCCUACGAAUUUAAAAAUAUCUUUGAACAAAUGGUUGUGAAAGAUUCAAUUAUUAUAAUGUACGUAUUAAGUAUUUCAAAGAUUUAAAAAAAAAGGACUGAAUUGCUGAUCAUAUAUAGCUGCAUACUUAGAACUAUCAAAAAGUUACUUUAGCUAAGCACUUAUCGAUAAACCGAAUCAUAAUAGUUUUAAUGCUAGGGAUAUAUUGUUAUGUUGGAAGCCUCACAUAGUACUACAGGUUAUAUGGUACAUAGUACAUUCAAUGUAUUCUAUACUUGAACAUUACUUAUACAAGUCAUUGUGUUUUCAGUGACCUUUAAUAAUAGCUAUAGUUAAUAUUGUUUUUUGC